AUGUUAUCAUUAUUAGAAGUGAAAAGCAAAUUUGGUGCUGAAUUUCGUCGAUUUGAACUCGAUCGAAAAAAUCCAAUAAAAUUUGAUGAUUUUCAUAAAUUAAUUGAAGAUUUACAUAAUCUUCAACAUAUUCCAUUUCAUAUAACUUAUUUAGAUAAAGAUGGUUUAUUAAGAAUAUUUAUACAACGAAAAGGUGAAUCUUAUCAAUAUUCAACUGAUUCAUUACGAAAACGAAAAAAAAUAUCAGAUCAAUUAUCAUCAUUAAUACAUUCAUCAUCAGAUAAAAAUAAUUUAUCACCACAACGUAAUAUUGAAAUACAACCUGAUUUUCGUCUUGUUUCAUCAAUAAUUGAUGUUGAAAUAUUACCUGUUACAUAUCGUCGUGUUAAAUUACAUCGUUAUAAAGAAAGUAAACCAUUAGGUUUUUAUAUACGUGAUGGUGUUGCUAUUAAAUAUGGUUCAAAUGGUGUUGAAAAUGUACCCGGUGUAUUUAUAUCACGUUUACUUGCUGGUGGUUUAGCUGAAUCAACAGGUUUAUUAUCAGUUGGUGAUGAAAUAAUUGAAGUUAAUGGUAUUGAAGUAAGUGGAAAAACACUUGAUCAAGUAACAGAUAUGAUGGUAGCUAAUAGUCAUAAUUUAAUAAUAACUGUUCGACCACAAAAUGAUACAUUUAAUUUAAAACGUACUGUUUCAUCAACAGCAAGUCCAAUAACACAAAAUAAUAUAAGUAAUAGUAUAAAUCAAAGUGGAUCUCAAAUAAAUAAUGGUAUGAGUGAUGAUGAUGAGAGUGAACUUUAUCGUUCACAUAAUAAUAAUAAUUCUCAUUUACAAAAGACACCGUCCGUGUUAAAAUUGUGA